GGAACAAGUCUCUUACUUCAAACGUUGCAUCUGAGCGCCGAUUAAAACGUAGGACAAACGACAAAACCAGUGAGCACAAAGUAACGAUUUAUUUAUUUACGUGCAACUUCAGAAUGCUUUGUACAAAAAAUUCUCUUUCAUUUUAGGCACCUCAGUGUAACUAGAGUUAAAAAAAGACCAUGCGAUAAAGCAGCUCAGCAACUUAUCGCCUUCUUUUGAGGGAAAUUGUACUUCUCUUACGUUAAAUUAAUGAGGUACUUUCCGCGAAUGAAAGCCUUUCACGGUCUUUCAAUGAACUUAUAUUAUCGAUCAACCUCCCGUCCUUUCUCAAUUGACCGCAAGCACCUAUUAAUUUAGUAUGUUUGCUCCGGAACACUUAGAUUAGUUUCGAACCUUUGCCAAAAUAAUCCAAGCCAAUCUAAUAUAUACUGAACAACAUGUAUAUGCAUAAAAAGGAAAGUUUGAAAACGGAUCGUUUUUUAGGUUACCCUAACUGACCGUAUGAGCUGUCUAAUCACUGAAAGGCUUUGCGACCCACAUCCACCUCUAACUUUAGAGCUGACACCUUGAGUAUGGCUUAUUUCCAGGUUAGCAUUCUAGCAUCCACGAAUUUUUCCGCUUUAGAAUUGAUGUUGUUUUAAGGUCACCUGGCUAUGAUAAAAAUUCGAAUGCAAAUACUGGGCAAUUGUCAUCUUUGGGUAAGCAAUUUUAUGACUCAUUCCCCACGGUGAGAGACGGUCUUUAGUUUUUGAGCGGGUAAAUUGAAUUGGAAGUUUUUCUAACUCUUUACUUUCCUGAAGGGAUAAUUAGAUUUGACAGACACGGCUCCUCAAGAAGUUGGCAUUCUAGAAGUUCAAAGAAAGACUUUGUAUUGAUCACCAGUAAGCUGAGAACUUACCUGGUUUCAUGUUCAACUCUCACCGAAAAUGUUCAAACAAAAACACAUAAUGGACUUUCGAGUGUUGGUUGUAAUUAAGGAAUACACAGACAAAAUGAGACAGGACUUUUUAUUAAUAAUAAAUCAGAAACUCUAUUCACAACAGAGGCAAUUCUAAAAUAAAGCUUAAAUUUAAAGGAACCUUGAACACCGGAUUAACUUUAUUUCAAUAUUUCAUAAUUUAACUCCACUUAAAGCGAGAACAGAAAUAAAAUCGGCUUUGGGAAGGGCCGUCUGCUUGUACGGUGCCGAUUUGGAUGAAUUUGCCACAUUUGCGGCUCAGCGUACCGAAAACAAAGCCAUUAAAAAGUAUCUUAAACAAUGCAAUAUUGAGUUUUAAGAGGAAAAUUUAUUCCAAAGCUGUCCUUUGUGAUGAUAUAAUUAGCAUAUGGAACACCUGCCAUAUUAAUGUUUAUUUCUCAGCCACGCCAAACGCUAGAGCUCACUAUCUUUGCAUGUUCUUAAAAGUGAUCACCCGUAAAGAUCGCAAAGACAACAAAGCAAAACACCAUUCUCAAGAUUUUCGCUAACCUCGAUCACCAAAGAGAUGCAACGAUUUCAAACCAACUUUGAAAAUAUUUACCUCUCACAACCGCUUUCGAAAGCGUCUUGGAAGCAAAGGUUAUAUGUUUAAUUUGAGGCGCGAAUCGAAAUGGGCAGCAUGUUUCAGUGUUUACAAAACUUUCAUUAGCGAAUUGUAAGCCUUUUUUGUUUCGUUUCUAACUUGAAUGUUUCGAAACCGAAACCUGAACCUCUUUUUUCGAUAGAUUAUCAGCAAAAAAACUAAUAGACGUUUUUAGUUGGAACUGAUAGGUUCUUAAAAUCUCUUUUGGUAAGCCUUAUAGUAAUGAAAAUAGCGUAGAUUAUUUGAGACUAUUUUUAACAGGCCUGUUUUUCAGCAGGAUUCCACGUGCAACUCUGUUGUUUUGUCUUAUAAAAUGAAUUCAUAAUGACAACUUUAGAUCAUCCUUAAAAACAAUUACAUGUGAAAUCAGGCUGCUUUUUGACGGCACUUAUAUUGAGCAGCCAAUCAAAUUGAUGUAAAACGAUCCCGUUUUCUUUUUAAAAUGCUGACUUAUGAAACGCACGCGGUGCCACUCUAAACCGCGUCAAUAGCGCUUAUAUGAUUGGUUAAAUUUAAUGAUCGUUUUCAAUAGGAACAAUCGGACCACAUGUUCAAAGCUUCUCCUUAAAGUAAUUUUUCAAUGUGCCUUUCAAACUUAUUCACAGUGGCUAUGAUAAGUGACAAGACUGCGUUUGAAAAGCUUUGCGACAGCUGCCGUCGGUGGUGGUUGGCGGGUAUAAUUGUGGAUCCAUGCACGCAUUAGUUUAAGUCUCCCAAUCUCAGGUGCCGUCGUGCUAUUGUUGGAGCCAGAACCCGUACACUUCAUUCACAAAGUUAAUCACCCCGAUCGAAACAAGUGCAAAAUUUUCACUACUGGCGGUCGCGGUCACUGGAACUCGGAGAGCUCGGGGUAAAUUCGUUAAAUAUAGUCUCUAGAUUUCUCACACUAAUUUAAAAACUGACUCACGAGUCGCUUCUUUGAAACAAUGGGAGACGAGAUGUUGAGCGUGUUUUACAGUGGAGAUAUUUUUGCCGGCCACGGUAAGAUAAGCGCUCGGGAGGUAGCGAACCUGAAGGCAAGUUUCGACGAAAAGAGCGAAUUUCGCCUUUUCAGGGACUAUUUUGGACUCAUAAGACUCGUACAGAACGCUGAGUUGAACGGUAAAGGAACUGCAGGGAUAGACAGUUUGUAUGAUUUCACCUACACCAAAAGAUCUCGUGUGGACAGCGUGGGAUCGGAUCACUCUCUAACGAGCUCGGGUUCUGGUGGAAAUCCAGACAUUGAAUUGUGCAUUGAAACGUCAAAAGCGCCAGGCUCAUCUCUCGCGCCCGGCGCACCAACCAGAAACGUUUCCAAACGGAACGCCGAAAACAACAGCGAAGUGGCCAAUCGCAACCGGAAAAACCGCGAAAGUAAGAAGAACAGAAAUGCGAACGUGUGUGUAUUUUGCAGAAAUAACGGAGAAAGCAAAAAAGUCUAUUCAAGCCAUGUUCUGAAGGAUGCCGAGGGGAACACUACAUGUCCAAUACUCAGAGCAUACACAUGUCCUCUAUGCAAAGCAUCCGGGGACCAGUCGCACACCAUCAAGUACUGCCCCAAAAAUAAAAGCUCUGCAAAGCAGCCGCCGCAGAACACUCCACUGACUCAAAACAUUUGAAUAAAGAACUAUUGCUGCACAUGCAAAUCUGAAAAAAGGUUAUACGCGGCAGACGAACUCAUUUGAUUUCUCGCCGCUGGCGAAUAACGAACAACAGCACUUGAGAAAGGCGGGUAUGAAAAGGCUAGUGCUUAGAAACUCCAGCCUCUAAAUUGUGGUAAAAUAAUCUGGAUAUAUAAAUUAUAGAACGAGAUAUUAAAACGUAUUUAAGUAUUGUAGAUUGUUUAGGUUUUUUAAGGAAUAUUCCACAGUAGGUAUCGUGCUCCUUGUCACUUUCUUUGAGCGUUAUAGUAUUUUUUAGAAGGUUUUGUAACAUCUUUCAUAAAUUGUUUCUUAAAUGGGAUAAACCUGUAUUGCCCGAUGAUGCUCAAAGAUAUUCAUAUAACUAAGCUGACUUUGUCAGCAAUUUUUGGGGCGAAUGCUCCCAUGUUUAUGGUUUGACCAAAUUUAACAAGAAUUUGACAGACACUUAGAAAAUAAUAUUGUAUAACAAAAAAUUGCCCACUAUAUUCGGCGCGUCAAAAUUUUAACAUAUAUGAAAUUAAUAAGUGUACAGGACAUCGAUAAUGCUUAACCUCGGACUAUGAAGUCGGUUAAUCCUGUUGCUAAUUUUUUAAUCGACAGAAAUUCAUGAAUUUCUAGCCGAGAAAAUCUACCGAAUUCGGGCUGAGAAAAAUCAAUCUUAACACAAGAUUUCUCCAUGUUUCAUUUUACCUCUAAAUCUACCCAACUUUAUGGUUGCUUGGGUGAUUCCAAAUUAAAAAAUAAAUUCAGAAGUCGUAAUCCGCAAACAAGGAAAUUGCUAAAGAAAAUAAUCUUAAUCAUUUAGUGGGCGCCUUCUGAAAUUUAAAGCUUGGCUUUUGGGGUUUGAAGACAAUGCUUCAUGUCGGAGAAAUACAUAGAUCCUCUAUGAUAACGAAUCUUUGCGAUGGAGAGGGGCUAAAAACUUGAAUUGAUAAAAUAGUGUGCUAAUGUUAUUAACCAACUCCAUGCGAAACAUUAUCCAUGCAAUAAAAUUGAAUUGUUUUCAAAUGC